AUGAAGAUCAUUUAUAAGAAAGAUAUAGAAAGACUUUUCACCACGGCCUUUAGUGACAGGGCGCCGCCCGUGCCGCUGCAGCAGCGCCCGCCCAGCGCUGCGGUGUCGGAGGCCGCCCCGGCCCCCGGCGCCAAGGCCGCCGCCAAGAAGCCGAAGAAGGCGGCGAGCGGCUCCAAAGCCCGCAAGCCCGCGGGGCCCAGCGUCACCGAGCUGAUCACCAAGGCCGUGUCCGCCUCCAAGGAGCGCAAGGGGCUCUCCCUCGCCGCGCUCAAGAAGGCGCUGGCCGCCGGCGGCUACGAUGUGGAGAAGAACAACAGCCGCAUCAAGCUGGGGCUCAAGAGCCUCGUCAGCAAGGGCACCCUGGUGCAGACCAAGGGCACCGGCGCCCCCGGGUCCUUCCGGCUCAGCACGAAAAAAACCGGAGAAGUGAAGGAAAAAGCCUCCAAGAAGAGAACAGCUGCAACCAAGCCCAAGAAGCCGGCAGGUAAGAAACCCUCCAGCGCUUCCAAAAAGCCCAAGAAGGUACUGACAGCAAAGGGCCCCAAGAAAGACAAGCCGGCGGCAAAGAAAGUAGCCAAAAGCCCGAAAAAGGCAACAAAGGCUGCUAAGCCCAAGCAAGUGGCGGCAGCAGCGAAGAGCCCGGCUAAGGCCCAGGAGGGAAAGCCGAAAGCUGCAAAAGUAAAGAAGCCAGUGCCAAAGAUGAAGUAAACAACUCACUGAGUAAACUGCUGGUGCUGCAUUUAAACCUAACGGCUCUUUUAAGAGCCACCCACGUGAAGUCUUGUAUGUGAUUCAAGGAUAAAGUUUGCAGACACUUACUGGAUAACCUUGAUGCCUGAACUGGGGAAGUGAUACUGUU